UAACAUCAGCAAGUUUUUAUACUCAAUAAUAUUUUUAAAAUCAAAGACAUGUAAAUGGCAGCUCGUAAUGGUGGCUUUGAUCCUGUUGUUGAUAUUGAUGCUGGAAAAUUUACAGAAGCAGAAAAAAAAAUUUUGUUGAAAGUUGUAGCGCGAGAUGAAGAAAUAAGAAUUCAAGAAAAAAGCAAAAUUGAAACCUUGAAAACAGACUUAAAAAACUUGAGAGAAAAAGGAGUUCCAGAUGGAGAGGAAGAAGUAUAUGGACGAGUUUGCAAGCGUUGUCGUACCCCACUGGGUUUUAUUUUUAACUCUGGUGCUUUAUGUCCGAAUUGUAGUGGAAAAGUGUGCAAGUCAUGCCGCGUUAUGAUUGAGCCUCCAACGACUGAAAAUACAUGGUUGUGUACUAUUUGUGCAAAAAUUAGAGAUAUAAGAGCAGAAUCUGGGGCUUGGUUUUAUGAUAGUUCUUCUAAAAAGACUAAGACUAAAAAGGUUUAUGGUAGUUUUCUCAUCAAAAGUAUUUUUUCAAAAGCUAAAAGGCGGGAUACAAUUAUUUAUAGAGAUCCAGAUUGGACGGAAAUUAUUGAAAAAGAUGAACCAAUACCAGAUGAGGAAGAUGACCGUGACAUCGGAUAUUUAAUGAUUACUCCAAAUGAAAUGAAUAGUUAUUCAAUUCAGACAGGUAAAAUGGAGGUUUUAUCUGAUAAAUCUGUAGUUUAUGGUGAUGGGAGUUUAAUAGUAAACAAUCAAUCACAAGGUGCUAAUCUGCCUUUAAAUCUAUUUAUUCCGAGUGAUGGAAGUUUAAAGGCAGACAAUCCACAAUUUACUGAUAAAAUAUUAGUUAAAGCUGUUUCCUUAGGUGAUCAAAAUUUGUAUUCAAAUAUAGUUUCUGAAAGAGCUUCAUAUGAAGGAGAUAAAUCUCCAAGUAUUUCUUCUAAUGAAGAUAUAAAUAAUGAUGAUAUAUCACCAGAAAAAUCAGUUUUAUCUAGCUCAAUGUUUUUAAAUAAGAAAUUCACAAUAAAGACAGAUGAUGAUAUACUGGUUCAUCUUGAUAAUAAAAAUUCAGCUGAAAAAUGUUUUUUGAAUGUAAAUAAUGAAGCUGAGAUCUGUCAAAUUAUUAAUGAUCAAAAUUCUUACAACAACAAAGAAAUAGAAAAACAAUGUAUAUUGAACUUAUCAAACAUUAUAAUUGAAUCUCCUGAGCAAAAUCUUUGUGUGUACACUGAUUUAGAAAUUAAUAAACAUCAGAAUAAUCUCAUGAUGAAAAUAGAUAAGUACAGUAAAAAUGAUGAUCAUACUGAAGAUGAAAAGCAAAGUUAUAAUAAUAAAUUUACUGGAGACGAAGAGCAUAAUUUAGGUGAUGAUUGUAUUGAAAAUAAAACUAUAUGUGAAGAUGAUAAAUAUAGUGGAGAUGAAGAGAAUACUGACGAUGAUAAGAAUCUUUGUGUGUACACUGAUUUAGAAAUUAAUAAACAUCAGAAUAAUCUCAUGAUGAAAAUAGAUAAGUACAGUAAAAAUGAUGGUCAUACUGAAGAUGAAAAGCAAAGUUAUAAUAAUAAAUUUACUGGAGACGAAGAGCAUAAUUUAGGUGAUGAUUGUAUUGAAAAUAAAACUAUAUGUGAAGAUGAUAAAUAUAGUGGAGAUGAAGAGAAUACUGAAGAUGAUAAGAAUCUUUGUGUGUACACUGAUUUAGAAAUUAAUAAACAUCAGAAUAAUCUCAUGAUGAAAAUAGAUAAGUACAGUAAAAAUGAUGAUCAUACUGAAGAUGAAAAGCAAAGUUAUAAUAAUAAAUUUACUGGAGACGAAGAGCAUAAUUUAGGUGAUGAUUGUAUUGAAAAUAAAACUAAAUGUGAAGAUGAUAAAUAUAGUGGAGAUGAAGAACAUACUGAAAAUGAUAAAAAUAUUGGAAUUAAACAGCAUUGUGAAGAUAAUAUUGAAGAAGAAGAGUAUUGGGUAGAUAACCAGCAAAUUGGAGACAGUCAUGAAAAACAUGAUCAGAAUGAUGAUGAUAAAUAUAAUGGAGAUUUAAAUCAUAUCGAAGAUGCAAAUAUUAUUAAAGGUAAAGGGUGUUGUGAAGAUAAUGAUCAUAUCAAAAACAAUUGUUAUAGAGAAGAAGAUUCGUUUGAAGUAAUCAAUUCAAAAGCUAUUACAACAUUUAGAAGCUUGUCAGAAGAUGAACUGUUGCAUUUUCAUAAUAAUAUGUCGAGAGAUUUGAUUGAAAAGAAUUUUGCAACUGUUGAGGAUGAGGUUGUGAUCAAAAAAGAUAGUUUUAAGAGAAAAGAAAAUUGUUAUCAAUUAUCAGAUGAUAAAAGUUUUAGAAUUAAGAACACGGAUAUAAAAAUGGACUUUUCAAAGAUGGCUAAUAUAGGAUCUUCAGAAAAAGCACCUUAUGUUGCCCACAAUGAUUCAGAUCUGAAAGAAUUACAAAACAUGUUUUUAAAAAAAAAAAAAAUCAAAAAACUCAAAACUGAUGAGCAUUCUGAUGCCAGUGAGAGUGAAAGUGAAAAUGAUGAAUGCAUAAAUGUAGUUAUACCACAAGUUUUUGCACCACAAAGAAGUUUGUCAGAAGAUGAAUUGAUGCAAUUUCAUAAUGACGUAUUGGAAGAUUUAAUUGAGAAAAACUCUAUAAUUGUAGAGGAUGAGCUUGUAAUCAACAAAGAUAGUUUUGUCAAAAAAGAAGUUAGUUACCAGUUUUCUAAGGAUAACAAUUUAAAAGAUCAGAAUAUGAAUAUAAAAUUUGACUUUUCUACGAUGAAGAGAAUUGAAUCAAGUGACAAGCCAUCAAUAGAGCAAUUCAAUGUUACACACAAUGAUUUAGAUCUAAUAGAAUUGCAGAAAGCACUUUCGAAAGAAAAUCAAAUCAAAAAGUUAAAAACUAAUGAACACAGUGAUACUAGCGAAAGUGAAGAUUGCAUGAUCACUCCUCAAGUUGUUAAUGAUGUUGCCCAUAAUAAAAUUGUUACAACAGGCUCUAAUGAAAAAGUUUCGGGGAAAAUGCAGCUUAAAAGUAAAGCGAACAGUGUUGAAAGUAUUGAAAGUGACUACAGCAAUGAUGACGAUGUUCAACCUGCUGUUAGUAUAGCAGGUGAAAUUAAAAUUGGUUUCAAGUAUAAUGCAAAAGAUAAAGUUUUUGAAGUACAAGUACAUCAAGCAAAGGAUCUUAUUGUUGUAGACGAAAAAAAAAACUCAACUGAUCCGUAUGUUAAAGUCUACUUACAGCCAGAUGUAAAACGAGGAGGCAAGCGAAAGACAAAACCUAAAAAGAACACAUUAAAUCCAGAAUUUGAUGAAAUUUUAAAAUUUGAAAAAUUGGAUUACAAUGACUUGUUGACAAGAACAUGUUUGAUAAGUGUGUGGCACUAUGAUUUUUACACAAAGAAUAUCUUACUUGGAGAAGUUUCAAUAAAUUUACAAGAAUAUAUAAAUUCUGGAUAUUCAUUAGAAGAUCCAUUACCUCAAUGGUACAGUUUGUGUGCUAGGGUAGUUACCAAAGUACAAGUUAAAUUUAUUGGAAAAAUUGUUGUUAAUCUCAGAUUUGAAUCAUCACCUAAAGCAAAUAAUGAUCAGUAUAAACUUGUUGAUUUAACUAAAGGAUCACUUUUGGUGAAAGUAAAAAGAGCACAUGACGUUCUUGCAGUUACAGAGCAAGGAUAUUCAAAUCCAUUUUGUAAAGUGACUCUGAUAUGUCCUGGCUUUACUUUUCCAAAAUUCAAGACAUCAGUUGCAAUGGAUACAGUUAAUCCUAUUUGGGAAAAUGAAUUUGUUUUUUCUGAAGUAUCUUUGAGCUCUUUAAAAAAUUCAACUUUACAACUUUCAGUUUGGGACUAUGAGAAAGGAAGUGAACAUCUUCUUUUAGGAGCUGUUCGAUUGGGUUUGGGUAAGCUUGAAGGUUUAAAGUAUGAUUCAUUUGGUGAAGAAGUUACAGUUUGGCAACAUAUGCUAGAUAAUCCUAGUAGCAUGGAGGAAUACACUAUACCAUUGCGUUCAUCUUUGGACAGUGUAAAGGAGGAUGAAUCAGCCGUUUCAGUUAACAAAAAAGGAAAUUCUGAAAAAGAUUUAACUAAAAAGCCAUCUGUUUUAUCAAAGUUUUUACAGCCAGAUUCCAUCAGUUUGGCAAGUUCUGGAUCAAUGCUAAGCAUUUACAGUUCACAAGGCGGAGAACAACGAAAUUUAAUAAUAACUGGUGAAAUAUUGUUCUCAUUGAAAUAUGACAGUCUUUCAGGAAUAUUCUCUGUAAAUAUUGAGAAAGCUAAAGAAAUUGCUGCAGCAAACUCCAAGCUCCAUUCUUCGGAUCCAUAUGUUAAAGUGUAUUUACUACCAGACAAAUCAAAAUCAACUAAAAAGAAAACAACACAUAAAAGAAAAACUCUAAAUCCUCAGUGGAAUGAAACCAUAAAAUACAAAUUAAGCAAGGAUGAGUUACUUGAAAAAGUUCUGCAAGUAUCUAUUUGGAAUCAUGAUCGAUUUGGACGCAACGAUUUCUUGGGCGAAGUUCAAGUAAAUAUACAGCAGUACUCAAAAACAAACUCAUUAGAUACUGAAAAAAGUAUCUGGUACACUCUCCAAGAGAUGACAUUAGUAAGUGUAAGUUCAACCAAUGAAAGUAAAGGUCAAUUGCGUGUAGCUUUGAAAUAUGAUAACAAUGUUCUCACCUUUGUUGUUAAAGAUGCUGUUGGUUUACCUCAAGUUAAUCCAGAUAAAUUAAUAAAUCCUUUCGUAAGAUGUUAUUUGUUACCAGAUAGAACACGCAAAUCGAAGCGUAAAACUACAGUGCAAAAGAAAACUCAAAACCCAGUUUGGAAUGAGAAAUUAGAAUUUAAUCAAGUUAGUGUAGAGGACUUGCAAUCUUGUGUUCUUGAAGUUACUGUUUGGGACCAUGAUUCUUCUAGUCAUCAAUUUUUAGCAGGUAUGCGACUAGGUUUAUCUCAUGGCGAUGAAUAUUGGCAUGACUGUAUUGAUAAAGAAGUUUUAAUUUGGGAGUCAAUGAUGCGCCAUCGUGGAAUCUUUGCUGAAUUUACCAUUCCUCUAAGAGGAACCAUGACAUCAAGGAAAGGCGAAAUUCCAAUAGCAAACCAAUUGAGUUCAAACUUGAAACCAAUAGAAACUGAAAGCAACAAGCAACUUACAGAUGAAUUUGAAUCUAUGACAGGUUAUGAAAAGCAAUUGGGGCCUGGGGUUGCAGUGAUAAAAGUUGCUUUGCAAUAUGUUACUCCUGAAAGUCUGCAACUAGAAGAAGAGAAAAAAGGGCUAAAAAAGAAAUCAACCAAAGGUGUUUUAAAAGUUCACUUGAAAGAUGGCAAGAAUUUACCUGUGAAGAAAGAUGGAGAUUUGCCCAGCACUUUUUGUAAAGUCUUUAUGUAUCCUAAAAAGAAGAACUUAAAAUUCAAGACCAAAUCAUUUAUGAAAAGUGUUGAUCCAAUCUGGGAUACUGGUAUGUCUUUUGAAAAUGUAAUGCAUGAUGAAUUGGCUGAUAGGUGUUUAGAAAUUGCAAUUUUUGAUGAGUCUGUGGAUAAGAAUAUAAACAAAAUUGGAAUCAUAAGAUUAGGAUCAGGUCAAUUCAAAGAAAAAUGGGAUGACAGUACAGGCCGAGAGAUCGAUAUAUGGACUUCAAUGCUUAGUAAUCCAAAUAAAUGGGUUAGUUUAGCUCUUCCAUUAAGGCUUCAACCAAGUGAAGAGAAAAAUGACCAUAUAAAUGAAUCGCUUGUUCAAGACACAAAAAAGAAAAAAAAAAGUAAGUCGUCACAAAAAGAAGAAUUGAUUGAGAUUGAUGAAAAAAGAGAUCAAAAUAAACAUAUUGAAAAUAAAGGAAAUGAAUCCCCCCGCACAGCUGCAUUACGAGCAAUGGGAGUAUUUGCAAACAAUAUUGUUGAUGUGAUGCAGAAAGAAGAUGAUAAAUAUCCUCAAGAGAAUCUUACUUCAAUUGCAGAAGAGAAUGAACUAGAUUUAAGUCUAUCACCAAGAAAAGUACCUGAAAUAACUGUCACAACAUACAUAAAGCCUGGGGAUCCACCAUUUCCUGGGGCUGGUCAUUUAGAAGAACACAAGUCUAAAGAACCUAAGAAACAAGCUCCAUCGAUGUCUUUAAUGAAACGAUCAGCAAGUGAAACAAGUUUGACAAGUGUAUAUAGUACUGACAGUGCUAAUAUAUAUGGACAAAUUCCGAUUCGUGGUGAAAUUCAAUUUGGGAUGAAGUACGAUGACAAAGAUGCAAAAUUUGAAGUUCAUAUAUUCAAAGCAAUUAGCUUAGCUGCUGUUGAUACGAAGAAAGAAACUUCUGAUCCAUACUGCAAAGUUUACUUGCUACCUGAUAAAACGAAAAAAGGAAAAAAGAAAACUAAAACAAAAAAGAAAACAUUGGAUCCAGAUUGGGAAGAAGUAUUGACGUUUCCUAUUUCCCAACGAGAUCUUCGAGGGCGAACAUUAUGGGUGUCAGUUUGGCAUCAAGAAAGGCUUGGAAGAAAUAUUUUUCUUGGUGAAGUUAUGCUUAAUAUGGAUUCUUUAGUAGAUAAGCAAGAACUUAAUACCACAAUACCUAAAUUAUAUGCAUUGUGUGAAAAAGGAGAAGCACCUACUGCAAAUCUUACUGUAGGUGAACUUAAAAUAGCGUUAAUGUUUGAAGAUCAAGGCUUGUUAAAUGAAAAAGAAAAAAAACGGCACGAUGAACAGGAAGAACUUUUCGGAUCAAAAAAGAAAAAGAAAGGGAAAAAGAAAUCUUCAGGGAAAAUAAAUGUUCAUAUAAAAGAAGCUUGUCAUUUACCAGCAGCCGAUAGCGAUGGAUUUUCAGAUCCUUUUUGUAAAUGCUAUCUACUUCCUUUAAAAAGCAGCAAAACUAAAAAAAAGACUCCCAUCAUACGACGCACAGUAAAUCCAGUUUGGGAUUUUCAAUUAAGCUAUGAACUUGAUUAUGAAGAUUUAUCUGAUUUUGGGAUUGAAUUUACAAUUUGGGACUGGGACAGAGCGAAAAACGACUUUUUAGGUUGCACUCGAAUCAACUUAGGUGGAAAGAUGGGAAAUUGGGAUGACGCUGAAGGUGUUGAGAUUUUAGCUUGGCAGCACUUAAUUGACCAACCUAACAAAUGGAAAGAUUUCGUCAUUCCUUUGCGUUCAUCAAAGGAUGUGAGAAAGCUGGAUCUUUUUAAAUGAAAAUUUGAUUGAAAAAUGUGAUUGAGUUUGAUUUAUUUUUUUUAAUAUAAUAUAUAAUUCAAACUUUUCUGAAAUAUUUAUAACUACUUUCGUGUUGAAGUAUUAAUCAAUUAUUCGAAUUUUUACAAAAUUUUUAAUAUGUUAAAUAUAAAUAGAAGGUUGUCGCUUUUUUGUUGCUUUUUGUUUGUAGUCAAAAAAUUUCAUAUUAUUUACAUUGCUAAAACUGAUACUGAAUUGCAAAAGGGGUUUAUUUUUAAUGAAAAUUGUUGUAUAUAUUUUUUCUAUUUUAUUUAUAAGUAAACGUAGAUUUUUGUAUAAAGAAAACUAAAAUAUGGCCAGAAA